ACCAGCUAGUAUAUACGAGUACCUUACAUAGGUACUAAUGGUAGACAUCGCGACUCUCGAUCGAAGAAUACAAACCACCCAUACCACGCGGAGUUGAGACAAUCAACAACACAAUCAUGUCUACUACUCCAACACCCUACAAACCCUCCCCUCUUUCAUUCAAUAGCCCGCGAACAUCCCCCUUCCGUCGACCGAAUUCCCCUCUCACUCAUUCUCCAUCGACUACAGUCAAACCAUCGACACCAACUAGCUCUCCUUUGAAACCAACCGGUACCCCAUCACAGACGACUCCACUCCGUCAGUCAACCACAAGCAAUGCUUCGGCGAACCCACCACCACCAUGGCUGAACACUCGCGGGACAACCACAAGCGCUGAAGCUCCUAGCUCUCCAACUCGACAUGUAUCCACAUCUACACAGAACACCGUCCGACCUCUAAGUACGGCUUCAAUUGCCGCCAGGUUCGAUGGUGCACCUUCUACAGCGCCAGCAGUGGAGCGGCCGACACAACGCCCUGCUCCCAUUCAACGGACCGCAUCCACGGACUCUCUUUCGAAGAUACCACCUGCGCUCUUGCAUAGCAUGCGGGAGUCGUUCAGUGUGUUGGAUCGCGAUAAUAGCGGUAGUGUCGACGCGGCCGACAUAGCUGAUAUGCUGUCUCAGCUUGGUCUCAGCGCAACCCCCUCAAGCCUUGCUGCCUACUUUCCCGAUGGUGCAAAAUCAAUCAAUUUGGCGACAUAUCUCAACACUCUUUCAGACCUGCUCUCUGGCUUGUCACAUCCCAACGAACUCAACGCUGCUUUCGAGGCAUUUGACGACGGUGAUGACGGACAAAUCGAUCUAGGAGAGCUAAAGGACGCAUUGCUUCACACUGCACCAGAAGCUGGUGAUAGGAAGCUUACGGAACGAGAGAUUGAUAUGGUGGUGGAUGGAUUUAGCGGCAGGAGGGCAUUCGGAAAAGGAAGCAAAGGCCUAGGCCGAGGGGAAGUUUUCAGGUAUCAAGAGUUCGUUGCUAGCGUCACAGGCAGUGGCAAUGGCGAAAACGGCACGGGUGCUCCUGCGCAAGCAUGAAUGAAGCGAAGUUCUGUACAAAUGAAUGUUAUAUUGGCUGUUUUGGGCGGGCGUUAUAGUGUCACAGUAGGUUCGGUAGGCUUCUGGGAUGGGACUUGGAAUUAACGUAGACGUGUACAAUGGUUCUGCGGGCAUUGUACCUGUCAUAUUCUUACGCAAUGGAUUUGAAAUUUAAGAAGACCUC